AUGUCGAAGGAAACUCAACCAAAUUUAGAAGAGGUGGAAAUUCCCGAUUUUCAGGACAACACCGAUUCUGUUCCCAAUCUUGACGAUCUAGAGCUAGAGUAUGACCAAUACAAAAAUAAUGAAAAUAACGGUGUCUUCAGCGACAACGACCUAGAGAGCAAUUCCGUUGCCAACCGGAACGCAGUGAAUGAUGCGAAAGGUGUUAAGGGCUCGAAGAUUGAGUACUUCGACCCUUCAGACGUCUCACUGUAUGAUAAUUCCGUUUCUCAGUUUGAAGAGUCCGCAGUUUCCCUGAAGGAAUACUAUAACCAUAGCAUAAGGUCGCAUCUUACUUUGAAAGGAGCCGGUGAUUAUCUCAAGAGCGUUUUCCCCAUCAUUAAUUGGCUGCCACAUUACAAUUUUAACUGGUUUAUUGCAGAUCUUAUCGCAGGUAUCACGAUUGGUUGUGUUCUUGUGCCGCAAUCCAUGUCGUAUGCACAAGUCGCCACGUUACCAGCACAGUACGGGUUGUACUCCUCAUUUAUUGGGGCAUACGCCUAUUCCUUUUUCGCUACUUCCAAGGAUGUUUGCAUUGGGCCCGUCGCUGUGAUGUCUUUACAAACCGCAAAAGUCAUUGCCGAAGUGCAGGCCAAAUACCCCGAUGGAGAUACUACCAUCACAGGUCCUGUGAUUGCAACAACGUUGGCAUUGUUAUGUGGUAUCAUUUCUGCAGCUGUCGGUUUCUUACGUUUAGGGUUUCUUGUCGAAUUGAUUUCUCUAAACGCCGUCGCUGGGUUUAUGACUGGGUCCGCCUUCAAUAUCUUAUGGGGUCAAGUGCCAGCACUUAUGGGUUAUAAUAAGCUGGUCAAUACGAGAGCAGCCACUUAUAAAGUCGUUAUAGAGACUUUGAAGCACUUGCCAGACACCAAAUUGGAUGCCGUAUUUGGGCUAAUUCCCCUUUUCCUCCUUUACGUUUGGAAAUGGUGGUGUGGGACGUAUGGUCCAAGAUUGAACGAUAGAUAUAAUUCCAAAAACGCAAGAUUACACAAAAUUGUCAAAUGGACAUAUUUCUACGCUCAAGCUUCGAGGAAUGGUAUUAUUAUUAUUGUGUUCACUUGUAUCGGUUGGGCUAUCACAAGAGGCAAGUCCUCCUCGGAGAGGCCCAUCAGUAUCCUGGGCUCAGUUCCAUCUGGUCUAAAAGAAGUUGGAGUCUUCCACGUUCCAUCCGGAUUAAUGUCUAAACUUGGUCCAAGUCUACCUUCAUCUAUUAUCGUGCUAUUAUUAGAACACAUUGCCAUUUCCAAAUCCUUCGGUAGAAUCAACGAUUACAAAGUUGUUCCCGAUCAAGAGUUGAUUGCUAUUGGAGUUUCAAACCUUUUGGGUACUUUCUUCAAUGCUUACCCAGCCACUGGUUCCUUUUCAAGAUCUGCACUAAAGGCUAAAUGUAAUGUCCGUACCCCAUUAUCUGGUUUAUUUUCAGGCUCGUGUGUGCUUCUAGCAUUAUACUGUUUGACAGGUGCAUUCUUUUACAUUCCAAAAGCUACUUUAUCUGCUGUUAUCAUUCAUGCUGUGUCUGAUCUUUUGGCCUCCUACCAAACCACCUGGAAUUUCUGGAAAAUGAAUCCAUUGGAUUUCAUCUGCUUCAUCGUUACCGUGUUGAUCACAGUGUUUGCAUCUAUCGAAGAUGGUAUCUAUUUUGCUAUGUGCUGGUCAUGUGCAAUGUUACUCUUAAAAGUGGCGUUCCCAGCUGGAAAAUUUUUGGGUCGUGUCGAAAUUGCUGAAGUUACCGAUGCUUAUGUCAAAGCGGAUUCCGAUGCAGUUAGUUAUGUAUCCGAAAAUAACAACCGUAUUUCCACUUUAGAAGAAAAUGGUGAAGAUGAAAAGGAGAUAUCUGCCAAAUACAUUACCAAUUCCUCCAAGAAAAUAGAAACAAACGUCCAAACAAAGGGCUUUGCUUCUCCAUCCUCUUCGAUUGGCCAACCAAGAAUAAAAUACCAUACGAAAUGGCUACCGUUUGACCACAAAUACACAAGAGAAUUGAACCCGGACGUUCACAUCCUCCCACCUCCAGAGAGUGUCCUUGUUUAUAGGCUGUCUGAAAGCUACACAUAUCUCAACUGUUCAAGGCAUUACAAUAUUAUAAUUGACGAGGUCAAAAGGGCAACAAGACGUGGACAAAUCAUCCGCCACAGGAAGAAAUCAGACCGUCCAUGGAACGAUCCCGGUCCAUGGGAAGCACCUGCAUUCUUGAAGAAUUUGAAAUUCUGGAAGAAAAAAGAAAGCGAUCUAGAAUUCACGCAAAAUGCUCCCAACAACUCAAUCGAUGCCGAGAGAGAUGAGAGACCACUCUUGAAAAUAUUGUGUUUGGAUUUUUCACAAGUUGCUCAAACAGAUGCCACUGCCCUUCAAUCAUUAGUUGACUUGAGGAAAGCCAUCAAUCAAUAUGCUGAUAGGCAGGUUGAGUUCCACUUCGUAGGCAUCAUUUCACCAUGGGUGAAAAGAGGUUUAAUUAGUAGAGGGUUUGGUACGAUAAACGAAGAGUAUAGUGAUGAAUCCAUUGUUGCCGGUCAUACAAGUUAUCACGUCGCAAGAGUACCUCGAAACAAAGAAAAUCCUGACAAAUAUAGUGUCUACACCGCUUCAGGUACAAACUUACCUUUCUUUCAUAUCGAUAUUCCAGAUUUUGCCAAAUGGGAUAUCUAG